AUGGCUACCUUAAUAACUAAACCAUUUGGCUCUUUAUUAUCGCUCAUCGCCUACUGUUUCUUUCGCUACAGAGACAAGAAGAAAAACGUCAGCAAUAUGCCUAAGGGUCGACCACUUUCUUUGCAGACUGUGGACCUCAAAGUUAGAAUGUGCUGCACUGGUUGCGCGAGAGUCGUCAAAAAUGCCAUUUACAAGCUCAGGGGGAUUGAUUCGGUGGAAGUGAACCUAGAACUGGAAAAAGUGACGGUGAUCGGGUACGUUGAUCGGAACAAGGUGCUGAAACAAGUGAGAAGAGCUGGGAAGAUGGCUGAAUUCUGGCCCUACCCGGAUCCUCCUUUGUACUUCACCUCCGCCACCGAAUACUUCAAAGACACCACAAACGAGUUCAGACAGAGCUACAACUAUUACAGGCACGGCUACAACCAUGAACAUAGGCAUGGCUACGUCCCAGUGACGCAUCGUGGAGACGACAAGGUCAGCAACAUGUUCAACGAUGACAAUGUCAAUGCCUGCUGUCUCAUGUAAAAACGUCAUUCCCAUGUUUCCCUUUCCAU